UAGCUUUGAUAUUAGAAUUGAUAAAAUGGCAUCAGGAGACUACCUAGAUUUCAUAGUUAAGGAAACUAAUAAAAAUGUUAGCAAACGCAAGCUUGAAGGUGAAGAACUCAACUACUUUCUUCUUAAGUCCUCCAAAAGACUAGUAAGAAUGAGAAAUGGAGAGAGAUUAUUUGAUGUAGUUGGUAAAAGGAAUAUGGUAGGAAUAAAAUCAAAGAGACACCUUCUUCCUUCUGAAAUAUCCCAGAAUUUCAACGAAGAAUCCUUGAAUAUGCUCAAACAAAUCUUAGAAAAGCAGUAUUAUAAGAAAGAGAAGGAGCAAUCUACCGACUAUGAGUUCUUACUUCCUGAUGAUCAUCCAAAUAAACAUUUGACUGUCCAGAGCAUAUAGAGAAUAAUGAUCUUAUAAAAUCCUUUGAAAACAUUGACAACUUGUUCCACUAUAUGUCUGAGAAAGAGUUUGACCCAAGACAGGAGUUCUUUAAGGAGAGGGAUCUUGAAAACUUCUUCAAACUCAAAUACCAACUCAUCUCACAAUACCUUGAGGAUGAUAUCGAUGAACAUCAGAGACAGAUUCUUAUACAGAAGCGUAAAGAAGAGGAUAGGCUGACUAAGCUCAAAAUGAAGGAGUAUUUAAGCAACAUUAAAGCUAAAACUGGCAAUCAGACACAAAACAAAGCAAGCUCUCUGGCAAAGGCUAGCUCAGAAUGGAAGAAAGGGUUGAUAAACUCAGUGAAAAAUAAAAAAUUCAACCAGAUUUUUAGUAAAUAAAGGAACAUUUGAAUAUUACAUUCUACAGAGAAUGCACAGAAUCGAGGAAGAAAUUACAGAGAAGAUUAUUGACGAGACCUUGAAGGAGAAAGAACUCAAAGCUAUUAGAGAAGAAGACGAAAAGUUGAUCAAUAAGAAAAAUUUUAAGGAAACCAAGAAUUUUAUACCAGGAGUCAACUGAGAAAUCAGAUCAAACUUCGUAGACCCUAGGUCUGUCAAGAUUGCUAAGAAUUUGGACCAAUACAUAAAAUCAAGAGUAAAGACUGACAAAAUCAUUAUCCCAAAUACAAAAUAAGCGAAAGGAAAUGCAGAUAAGUGAUUUAUCACCAACUUUGAUAUCAAAGAUCUCUGAUGACCCUCACCAGCAAUAUAAAAAGAGAGUUUUGGAGACUAAGCCUCAAGAAGUCAGGGAGAUUCUUAAUAUUACGAAAGUGCCAUUUAUGAAUGGAACUAUUCCAGAUAGCCGUGUUAAGAGAAGAACUAGUCUUGAGAGCCGAAGACUGAAGACAUUUGUUGACCCAGCUGUAAAAAUCAACAGAAUAAAGAAAAAUAAUUCUGUAAUCCUUGAAGAACUCGAGCUAGAUAAAAUUCAUGGAGAAAUUCUAAGUCAAAAUAUUUCUAAAGGAAUUGCAAAGGUAGAAAAACGGAGUGAUAGAUUCAGUUUUCUUCCAAGCUUGCAAUCAAAUGCUGAUGAAUCUACUAUUCAUUCCCACAAAGGGAGGAUAAUUCGCAAAUCGUCUUCUAUUCCCUCAUUUUCGAUCAAUGAUUUUAAGAAAGCAUACCAAUUUAUGAAAGCACAGAAGUCUUUCAAGCCAAAGUUUAAAAGAACUCAGAGGAGAAGUGUGAUAAAUCUCGAAAAUAAACAUGUCAUAAAAACACUUGGAAGAAACUCUGUUAUUCCAAGCUCAAUGAAGAACUUCAGGAAUAUUUCUGUGAAUAGUUGAUACAAUAACUUUGAGAGAGGGAAUCAAGGCCCAACAUUUACUCCCAAUAUGAGCUCUAUUGGGCAGACCUCCACUCAUAUGAAUUAAGAUUGAUUCAAUAUUAGAAAA